UCUCCAUCUCUCAUCCUUCAUUACAGGCAGCUGCUACUGCUGAUCUGCUGCUGCUUGCUGGUCUCCUUCCUCCUCGUUUGGUUUGUUGUGAUCAGAUCGGAUUCAGAUCGAAUGGCGAGGGCGGGAGGGAUGACGAACGCGGUGAACGUGGGGAUCGCCGUCCAGGCCGACUGGGAGAACCGCGAGUUCAUCGCCAACAUCUCCCUAAACAUUCGCCGCCUCUUUGACUUCCUCCUCCAAUUCGAGGCUACAACAAAGGGCAAGCUGGCUGCAUUGAAUGAGAAGCUUGAUGUCUUAGAGCAUAGGUUGCAGGUGCUUGAGGUCCAAGUCAGCAGUGUAACAACAAAUCCCUCUGUGUUUAACUAAGUUGUACUUCUGAUAUGUUCUCUGAUACUGUAACUAGAUUGUUAGACCUCUGGAAAUUACAACCUAUCUUGUCAAUUUCACACAUCGUUUUUCAAUAUGGCCAUGGGGAUUUUAUAUGCCUCUUAUU